CAUCCCCCACCAAAGCCUUCUAAAUCAUAUAUCUGUCUCUUUUAAGCCCACCUUCCUCCUGCUUCUCAACUCUCUCUGAUGGCAUCUCGCAGACAGAUUGCUGCCAUGAAACAAUCCCUCUUUGAUCAGGGAUAUCUGGAUGAACAGUUCAUUCAACUCGAGGAGCUGCAGGAUGAUGCCAAUCCCAACUUCGUUGAAGAAAUUGUCACUCUUUUUUACCGCGAUUCCUCAAGACUUAUGUCAAACCUAGAGCAAGCAUUGGAGAGGAACCCACUGGAAUUUAACAGGCUAGACUCUAUGAUGCAUCAGUUCAAAGGAAGCAGCUCAAGCAUCGGAGCCAAAAAGGUGAAAGCAGAGUGCACUCUGUUUAGGGAAUAUUGCAGGGCUGGAAAUGCUGAGGGAUGCAAGAGGAGCUUCCAACAGCUGAAGAGGGAAUAUGCCACACUGAGAAAGAAGCUUGAAGCUUAUUUUCAGCAAGCAAGGCAAGCUGGGCCCUUUGAGGCAGCAUGUCGUCCCAAGUAAAGGCUGAUUAGAUAAAUAUGCAAACUUUGAGACACAAAAAAAUGUAAUUGGUGAAUCUUGAGACUUUGAGAGUACAUAUUCACCUCAGAAGAAGAAAAAGAAGGACAGGCUCUUAAUGGGUUUGGGGAUACUUUGCUUCUAAAUAUCAGUUUUGUUUUUCCAAGUUGAAUGUAAUUUUGCUUUUCAUAGUAUGACUAGUCUAAUCUAAUGGAACUGCAUUGAUCCAAUUGAAGUAUCAUCAGGAUACAAAACGAUGAGUAUUGAAGUCGUUGUAGUAUAACAGUGGAGGGUAUGGAUAGCUGAAGCUUCACAAAGAGAUUUUAAUAAAAUAGAUUAGAUUCCUACCCUUGUGUUGUCACAUAUAGAGAGAAUAUAAAAUAAUCAGACAGUAUAAUGUUGUCAGCUUUUUUCCUAGA